CCUACAAUCCAUCAUCUGAUCUAGAACUACAUACUACAUUUCCAUCAUGGCUAAGAAAAACGACAAGGCCAAAAAGGCCGAGAAAAAGGCCCGCACCGCCCAGAAGCAGGAGAAAAAAGCCACGCAGAAAGAAAAGAAAACCCAAAAGCGCGGCAAAGACGCCGACGACAGCGAUGCCGACGAUGUCGACCUGGACGCUGUACUGGCCGAGUAUGCACGGCAGCAGGAAGAGUUCACCAAGGUGACGGAAGCCGUGGCCGAGGCGCCGCCCUCUGCCCGCAGCUCGGCCACGCUGCUCGCCUCGCCCGCCAACGACAACGAGCUCUUCCUCUUCGGCGGCGAGUACUUCAACGGCGCCGUCGCGCACUUUUACAACGACCUGUUCGUCUACAACGUCAACCGCGACGAGUGGCGCAACGUCACCUCGCCCAACACGCCCCUGCCCCGCAGCGGCCACGCCUGGACCCGCGGCGGCAACGACCGUGCCGUCUACCUCUUCGGCGGCGAGUUCUCGUCCCCCAAACAAGGCACCUUCUACCACUACAACGACUUCUGGCGCCUCGAGCCCGGCUCGCGCGAAUGGACGCGCCUAGAGUUCAAGGGCAAGGGCCCCCCCGCCCGCAGCGGCCACCGCAUGACCUACUAUAAGAACUACAUCAUCCUGUUCGGCGGCUUCCAGGACACCAGCCAGACGACCAAAUACCUGCAGGACGUCUGGAUCUACGACACGGCCACCUUCCAGUGGCACGAGCCGAAGCUGCCCCCCGUCGGACAGAAGCCCGACGCCCGCAGCAGCUUCUCCUUCCUCCCGCACGAGUCCGGCGCCGUCCUCUACGGCGGGUACUCACGCGUGAAGCUGACCGCCGGCGGGAAGCAGCAAGGCAAAGGCGGCGGUGGCCCCGCAUCGCGCACCGUCCUCAAGCCCAUGGUGCACCAAGACACGUGGUUCCUGCGGAUCGCGCCACCAGCGGCCGACGCGCCCGCCAACAGCCUGCCCAAAGUCCACUGGGAGCGGCGGAAGCGGCCAGCGAACCCGCCGACGCCCGCGCGCGCCGGCGCAACCAUGGCAUUCCACAAGGGCCGCGGGAUCCAAUUCGGCGGCGUCCACGACGUCGAGGAGAGCGAGGAGGGCAUUGAGUCCGAGUUCUUCAACUCCCUGUUCGCGUGGAACGUCGACCGCAACCGCUAUUUCCCGCUCGCGCUGCGCAAGCCCCGCGCCCAGGGGAAGAAGACCGCGCAGGAAGGGCGGGCAGGCGGGCGCAGAGGCCGAGGCAAGGCCGACGAGGAGGAGCUGCUGCGCAACCUCGCCGCGCUGGAGAUGAAGGGCACGCUUUCGAGCGGCGAUGGCGACGACGACGGCGCCGCCAAUGCCGGCGCGAAACUCUCUGCUACUGGCUCGCCGGACGAAGAAGACCUCCCCGACAAGCCCGAGAAGCAGGUCCUCUUCGAGAUGCCGCACCCGCGCUUCAACGCGCAGCUCGCGGUGCAGGACGACGUGCUGUACAUCUUCGGCGGCACGUUCGAGAAGGGCGACCGCGAGUACACGUUCGACGAGAUGUGGGCAAUCGACCUGGGCAAGCUCGAAGGCGUGAAGGAAAUCUUCCGCCGCGAGCUCGAGGACUGGCAGGGCGAGGAAAGCGAGGACGAAGAAGACGACGAGGAGGACGAGGAAGACGACUACGACGACGAGAACGACGACGAAGGCCUCAGCGACGACGAAGCCGCAAGCACCGCUGCCAGUACCGCCGCCAGCACCGCUGCAACCUCCGUCACCACGCCCAGCACACCCGCCGAAGAAACAACCUCCGCGACAGAAAAGUCCGCCUCGGCACUCACCGACGACGGGCUCCCGCAUCCCCGGCCCUUCGAAACCCUCCGCGAUUUCUACGCCCGCACCUCGCACCCCUGGCAGGAAGUCGUGAUGGACAUUCUCGCGCGCACGUACGGCGGUGCCGCCCGCAGCGUCAAGGAGAUCAAGACGAUGGCGUUUGAGCGCGCCGAGGAGAAGUGGUGGGAUUGCCGCGAGGAGAUCCGUGCGUUGGAAGAUGAGCAGGAACAGGCUGGUAUUGGCGAUGUGGUCAGUUUGGCGGAUAGGGAGGGGGGCGGUGGUGCCGGGUCUGGGGCUGGGGGGGCGGGACGGAGGCGGUAGUGU